AUGCCCCUCGUCAACACCACCGAAGUCAGCGAGGACACUCGCGUCCUCGGAUACGAUCCGCUCCUGUCGCCGCAGUUCCUCCAGACUGAGAUCCCUGCCCCCAGCCGUGCCACGGAAGCCGUGCGCUCCGGCCGGAAUCAGGCCAUCGAGAUCAUCGAGCAGCGCGAUGACCGAUUACUCGUGGUCGUCGGGCCCUGCUCAAUCCACGACCCCGACACGGCGCUCGAGUACGCCCGGCGGCUGAAGGAGGUGGCGGACAAACUGUCCAAGGACCUGUGCAUCAUCAUGCGCGCCUACCUCGAGAAGCCCCGGACCACCGUCGGCUGGAAGGGCCUCAUCAACGACCCGGACAUCGACGAGUCCUACAACAUCAACAAGGGCUUGCGCGUGUCCCGCAAGCUGUACACCGACCUGACCAGCACGGGCCUGCCCAUCGCCUCGGAGAUGCUCGACACCAUUUCACCGCAGUUCCUCGCUGAUCUGAUCUCCCUGGGAGCCAUCGGUGCCCGCACCACCGAGUCCCAGCUGCACCGGGAGCUCGCCUCGGGCCUGAGCUUCCCGAUCGGCUACAAGAACGGCACGGACGGCAACCUGGGCGUCGCCAUCGAUGCCAUCGGGGCCGCCGCGCACCCGCACCGCUUCCUCGGUGUGACGAAGCAGGGCCUGGCAGCGAUCACCAAGACCGCCGGCAACGAGCACGGAUUCGUCAUCCUGCGCGGCGGCAACAGGGGCACGAACUACGACCGCGAGAGCAUCCGAAGCGCGCGCGAGGCCCUGCGCGCCAAGAAGCAGCGUGAGGUGCUGAUGGUCGACUGCUCGCACGGCAACUCACGCAAGAACCACCUCAACCAGCCCGUCGUCGCCAAGGAGGUCUCCGACCAGCUGCGCGAGGGCGAGUCCGCCAUUAUCGGCGUCAUGAUCGAGUCCAACAUCUACGAGGGGAACCAGAAGGUUCCCCCCGAGGGUGCCGCCGGCUUGCUCAAGGGCGUCAGCAUCACCGACGCCUGCAUCAACUGGGAAAUGACCGUCGAUGUGCUGGAAGAUCUGGCGGACGGCGUGCGCGCGCGUCGCGCGGCGCGGAAAUCAAAGGCCAAUGGCGCGAAUGGCCACUAG